GGCACAUGGUUAGGUUAAUAAAUAAAAUCAAAAUCAAAUCUCCUGUUGCACAACCACCAAGGAGAUGUGGGACAAGCUUGAAGUGACGUACGAAGGUACCGAUCAAGUUCGUGAAGCCAAGAUCGAUUUUCUCACCCAAGAGUACGAGAUGUUCCGAAUGAAGGAAGGUGAGAAAAUCGACGACAUGUUUGAUCGGUUUUCAAAGAUCAUAAACGAUCUUCAUGCUCUUAAGAAGACAUACGCCAACAAGGAUCUCGUAAGGAAAAUCCUGCGGAGUCUCACCCCCGAAUGGAGAUCAAAAGCCGAUGCAAUAUAUGAAUCAAUCAGAGUUUCCAACGUCACCAUUGACGGGCUAAGAGGUAACCUUAAAACUUAUGAAUCUACGAUUCUAACCCCGUCUUUGGAUGAGCAAAAGAAAAAGGGAAUAGCUCUCAAAGCCACCAAGGAACCGGUGGAAGAUGUUUCAAGCGAUGAUGACAACGACUUUGGACUCGUCAUCAAGGAGUUUCACAAAUUCAUGAAGAAGGAAUUUGAGCGGAAGGGAAGGAAGCACGAUGGUCAUCCAAAAUGCUACAGCUGUGGCGAGAUUGGCCACAUCAAGCCGAGGUGCCCAAAAGCCAAGCACGGCAAGGACAAACCCGGCUUCAAGAAGCAAAGAGCGUACAUUUCUUGGGGUGGCGAUUCCGGCGACGAAUCAACCGACCAAGAGGAGGACGAAGCUGCAAACGUUUGCUUCAUGGCGCACGAAGAUCAAAGCGACGAUGUCCAAGAGGAACCACCAUGGGAUACCCCGUCUAGGAACUUUGGAAAUUCUCCAUACCAAGACUCUGAUGGGGAAGAUUAUUAUGAACCUCAUGGUGAUCACGAUAACUAUGACCGCAAUGGGCCUAUAUACGAUGAUCAACCUGAUCCUCUCGUCGAAGAAAUAAUACGAUUAGAACAGAGAAUAUUCUAUUUCGACGAAGUUUUAUUCGCUGAAGGCUCCUGGUACGAACCACCCUAUUACCGUGACUACACCCUGUCUGCGGAAGAACAAAUUGAAGCAAACAAGGUGGCAAUUCGAGAACGAGCAAAACUUCUCGAAUCAGUCCAGAAGGAAAAGGAGUUCGAACGGAGAUUAUGCGAAGGAUCAGAUAUGAUGCAGAAAAUGCUGGAUGACUUCCAAAGAGAGAGACUGGAAGCCGAGGCUAAAGCUGAUAAAUUAGUCAAUGAUCAAAUGAGGGAGGCUAAUGUUCAAAAAGAGACUCUAGAACCUAUGACCAACCCUAAACCAUUCAAUCUUCAGGUUCCAGUUCUAGAAGAUUCACUUAGUUCUACACCAUCACAAAAACCCGAGAGCAUAACAACUCUCGCUAAGGCUACUGUGGUGAUGUUACCUGAAUAUCUUCCUAGCCAAGUCCCAACUAGCGAAGUCGUAUAUGAGGUGGAACCAACUGAGGGACCUAACUCAGAACCACCUAUGCUUAUUCAAGAAAAGAAGGAGGAGGAAGUUUUGCCUAUGGCAAUAAACGACCAUCUCCUUAAUUGUGUUCAAGACACACCUCUAGAGGAACCUAUUCUGGAGGAAGUAGAGCCCAUUACCUGCCCCCAAGAUUCCAUUGAGUCCGAGCAGGAAUCUAUAGACGAGGAAAUACUUUGCAUUGAUGAACCAAUUUCGUCUAUAUAAACCUGCACAACUAAUGAUUCAUCUGAAGCUUCAGACCAUACUUUCUUUGACUCCCUACUUGACGGGUGUGACUAUGCCUGCCCGAAGGAAGGUUGGAAAUUAAAGAGUUGGGGUGAACUUUUGGUGAGUGACGAUGAAGACUCUUCCUUGGGGGAAAGCAUGGUCGUAAUCAUCAAACCACAAAUGGAUAGUCAGCCGAUUGAAGACAAAGAAGAAAUCAAUUUUGAAAUCAAGGCUAAUGAUGUGG